AUUCCAAGUCGGAAAUUUUGUUUGGCUGGAACAUUGAUCGGCAAUAGCUGGAUAAACAACCGACACAAAUCAAGUGGUGACCUAAACGGGCACAGAUAAUUAAUAUUCAUGUAGUCUAACGCGUUAUUCUGAAGAAGCGAAUGUCAAAGUAGAAUUACGCAUGCCUGCGAAGUUGAAACUGAAAGUAUUGGCUGCGUGAAGCUGAAGGAACAGUAUAGCACGCGCGCUAACCCCGAUAAUCAUGAAGAUACCUAUAGUAAACUUUGAGGGGUACACCCUUGAAGAAUCAAACAUUUCGGGCGAAGAUCUCCAGACACUAUGUAGCAGUCUGAAGACAGCUUUCACCGAGGUCGGAUUUGUUUAUUUGAAGAACACUGGAAUUACCCAAGAAGAGGUGAGCGAGGUGAUGAAAAUCUCAAAAGAGUUCUUUGACCUUCCAGGAGAGAGCAAACUUCCUUUCAGCAGGGGGACCUACAGUGAUCCCAACCAUGGAUGGGUCUCCCUGGAGAGAGAGAGUUUAAAUCCAAGCAGACCUGGUGAUCUCAAGGAGGCGUUCAACACCCGCCUACUGCAACCUGACAUAAAGUGGCCUGAGGAUGUUGUGGGCUUCAGGGAGAGACAGGUGUCCUUCUUCACGCGCUGUAAGGAGCUGUCCCUCAGGGUCCUCAAGCUGAUGGCUCGCAGCUUAGAGCUGGACCCUGAUGUGUUUGUCCGUGAACACCAACACAUUGGCACUGAUAAGAAUGGCACGACGCUCCGCACCCUAUUCUACCCUCCAGUGCAGAGCGAGCAGGCUAAAGAGGGGCAGCUGCGCUGUGGAGAACACUCUGACUACGGCAGCAUCACACUGGUCUUCCAGAGCCCCGAGGGGGGACUGGAGUUGUUGUCGCGGUCAGGAGAGUACAUUUCAGCUCCCUAUAUCCCUGGCACAGCGCUGCUAAACAUCGCUGAUCUCAUGCAGCGCUGGACAAGUGAUGUCUUCAUCUCCGCAGUUCAUCGCGUUCUCCUGCCUGCAUUGGGAAAUUCAGGCACACGUCAGUCCCUGGCCUUCUUUGUGCAUCCUGACGAUGAGGCGUUGAUCACCUGCUGUGAUGGCUCCAACAAGUACCCUCCUGUCAACUCUGUGGACUACCUCAUGGACAGGUUCAAGGAGAGUUACGGCCGUAAGUAACUAACUUGGUGGACUAUUUCAUGGAGAGGUUCAAGGAAAGUUACGGCCGUGAGUAACAUAUGGCACCAUAACUUAUAAAGCUCCUCCUGGAACACCAGGGCCAGUCUCAAUAGCUUUUAAACAUGCAAUCAAGCUGUAUUUCUCUGAAACAUUCGUAGUCCAGUAAGAGGGAACUUGCACACCACUGAUGCCAAUGGAAAAUUCAAGAAUUUUAAUGCGUGAGGAAAAGAAAAGAGGAAGUGCUACCCAGUGCUGUGCAAAAAGUUUUCGGUCCUUCAGACCAUCAUCAGUGCCAGGGCCCGACACCCACUUGGAAUAUACUUAAACAUUCCUAGCAAUGCAAGGCCAGCAAAAUACUGUAUCAACAGAGCAUCCUUCAUACUGUGAAAACAUUACUAUAGAAUCAUUUUCUUAUAUGUAUGCUUAUUAUGCUUUUUAACCAACCAGGACCAACAACGUUUUUUUACUUUUUCUCAAGUUCUGUACUAACUGUACCUGUUGCCAACAAAAUCGGCAUUCAUACUGAACACCUGACUAAUCUAUUUUAAAUUUAAAAAUGUUCUAGCAGGUCUACCAGAAGAUAUUUAUGAUGCGAUCAAAUACAUUGCCACAGUAAUCGAUUUUGUAACUUUCUUUGUACACUUUUACAAUAAAUGAAACAAUACAAUGUAAACUUAAAAUGUUUGUUACAGUGCAUAUCCGUACUAUGUAUGAUCUUUCUUUAAUUUCUUAAAAAGCCAUGAGACCACAAACUGAUUGUGGUAACUGUAAUUAUUAAAACUCUCGCCGGACCAUUCACCAGCUAAUUCAAAUACAAGUAUAAAAGAUGUUACUAUGCAAUAUUUUCUUCGUAAUAAGCAGCAGAAAAUUCCAACCAUUUCACAGGUCCUCUAUUCUCAACCCUGUCUUUCAAGUGUUCUGGCUGCUAUUUUCCAGUUUGUACGAAUACUGCUAUUUUAUAGUCUGUUUCCCACUCAACUCUAAUGACGGUUGGGUACUGAAUCAAUACGGAAAUAUGACAAGCGGUUUAUUCCUACUGUGGGGGGUUUAAACAUUGUGACAUUUGCAACUGAAUCACACUACGUUUUGUUCAAUAAGAUGAUUUUUAUGCACCUUUUGUAUACAUGUUUAAUAUGUUUAUUUUGAACUGAAUGAAUAAGGUUCCUUAUAUGAUUGUUCAAUAAAACCACAUAGGCUAUUGUGGAUU